CUGAUAGGAGUAAAAUUUCUAAUGCUUUACAACAUUAUCGCUUCGAAUGCUUUUCGAGGACGUCAUACUGCGCAUGUGCCACAAUGGCUUCUCGACGUGCAGGGACUUUAUUUGUUUUAAUUUAUAUUUUCGAAUGGGAUCCAUCGUCUCGAUGGAUAUUAUCUACAAGUACGCAGAAAACGACGAGUCAAUAACAAUUAUGGUGCCUCGUGAGCUUCAGUGUCAGCAUCGCUGGAGCUCUUUGCUCCACUUCAUGAAAUGAGACAGUGUGUCGAUCAGCUCAAGGUGACAAAUGUGAAGUGUGACAAGUGACGGAGCAUCAUCAUGGGGAACACGCCAUCAAAGAGCGACGGCGGAGAGGAGCCACCAAAAACAACUUUAUUUGAAAGGGAGCCAAGUGGCAUCACGUACAGAAUCCCCGCUCUCAUCUACCUGAGGCACAGUCGCACCUUUCUUGCUUUUGCAGAAAAGAGGACCUCUUCUCGUGACUGUGAUGCCAAACUUCUGGUUAUGAGAAGAGGGGUGCAGAGUGAUGACGGAUCCGUUCAGUGGCUGUCGAGCGAGGAGUUGUCAACAGCAUGCCUGCCGGACCACCGCACCAUGAACCCCUGCCCCGUUUUUGAAAAAAACACCAGCACUCUGUUUUUAUUCUUCGUCUGCAUCCUUGGCAACACCUCUGAGCACAGGCAGAUCAUCACAGGUAAAAACAAGACACGUCUUUGCUACGUCAGCAGCGGCGACGACGGCCAUACAUGGAGCGAGGCGAACGACGUAACGGAAAGCGUAAUUGGACAAACUAUUCGUAAGUGGGCUACAUUUGCCGUGGGUCCGGGUCACGGGGUCCAGCUGGAGAACGGGAGGUUGAUUAUCCCGGCCUAUGCCUAUUACAUCCCAUAUAAGUGCUUCUCCUUUCCUGUUCCUCGCACGGUUUACCCUCGUGCGCUGACGGUGUACAGCGCGGACUUGGGCAAGACGUGGCACAUAGGCAAGAUGCUCCUCAAGAAGUCGUGUGAGUGCGAGAUGGCGGAGAUCAUUGAUCACGAGGGCCGGAGUCACUUGUACUGCAACGCCCGCAAAUUUCGCGGCCACAGAUGCGAGGCGCUGAGCGAAAACAGCGGCGUCUGCUUCGACAAACCCCGCACGGCCCGAGAGCUGGUAGAACAACCCAAUGGCUGUCAGGGGAGCGUCAUCGGCUUCCCCGCGCCAGAGUUCAUCCCCAGCGAGGACGCCGAGAACAAGACGUGCGACACGUCCCCUCUGUCUCCCGACACUCAAACCUGGCUCCUCUUUAUGCACCCGACCAACAAGCACAGCCGGCGAGACAUGGGCGUGUACUUGAACCGCUCACCCCUUCACUCGCGAGGGUGGGACCGGCCCCAGAUCAUCCACAGCGGGCCCAGCGGCUACUCAGACCUGUCCUACAACCGGGAUAACGAUCAAUUCUCGUGCCUGCUGGAAUGCGGCAAAGAAAGCGAACUCGAGCAGAUUGCGUUCAUGUCGUUCACGCUCAAAGAGGUCAUGCAGACAAACAGGAAAACGUGCUAAAUGAGCCCUGUCGCUUCUGCAAGCUUCACAUCCAAGCAUGAACAAUGCUAUGCUAACAUUGCUCUGUGUUUACUUGUGUCCCUCUUUGUGGAAGUGCGCAUGCAUGCAGAAGUCAUGUGGUCUGAUGUUUACUUACUUACAUGACAUUGUACAUAAGUCCAAUGUGCUACUGUAUUUCCUCAAAUAGUGGCUGGGGUGCAAAUUUGUAAUCAGCGUGUAUUCAAGAGGAGGGCUUUAUUUUUACAGAAGCUUGUGUCAAAUUGGAGCUGUAUUCAGUGUUGUCUUGUCCAGGGAGAAUUCUUACUUGUUGUUUAAAGUGGGAAAAGAAUGUGUAACUUUGAUGCCUCAGCAUUUUAUUUUUUCGUGCUUUUAUUUUUAUUGUUAGUCCCUAUCAGUAAGGCAGUUGAAGUAGGUUUCGCUUUCUGAAGGCGUAAACCGAGAUGGUGAUUAUGAGUCAUUGCAACUUUUCUUGUGACUGCAUGUGACUUGACAAAAAAAAUGAAACCAUGACACUGUAUAUUUUUAGAUUCAUCAUAUCUUCAUUUGUUCAAGAGUUUGAUCUACUCCGCGACCAAUCUAGGCACGUCUAUUAGAGUGGCGGCCACUAUUUGAGGACAUAAGCUAUUUAAGGAACAAAACUGUUUUGUGGGCUGAUUUUACGCAUGCUGCUCUGCCGUUAGCAGGCUUUGUGUCUGUGCGUGCGUGCGUGAGUGCGUCGCAUGCUUGACAAGUGUUCCUUACCGCUUCCCGCGUCUGACAAAACUGUCUACAUUUUGUGGAUUUUUCCUACCUCUUUUUAUUUUCCUUCAAACAAGGAGUGUAGCAUUUCUUCCACAACCCAGCUUUCCUUUUAUUUCAUUGUACUGUACUGCAAUUCACAAAUGCCUUCUCGUGUCAUACAGCCUAUAUCCAAGGGGGGUAGAAGCAAUUUGCCACAUCCAAACUGUGCCAAAUAUAACCAACGAGAUGAUUUUUUUUUUCUCUCUACAUUUGCUCAUUUGAAGCAAAAUGAAUAAAGAAUUUUACGAUUUA